UUACAGCGUUAAACCUGGCUCCCCCCCCCCCCAUUCUUAUGGGCAGACAUCUUCUGGACAUUCUGGAGUGAAGAGGACAAUAAUCAAUCAGAAGAAAGCUUGAAUGAACAGGUGGUCGAUGGACUCAGACUCGUGUUGAGUUUGACUGACAGCUGCAAAUGGAGUUGAAAGUUUGGGUGGAGGGUGUGGUUAGAGUGGUGUGUGGUCUAAUGCCAAACACUUCCUGUCAGGAUGUGGUCAUUGCUUUAGCUCAGGCCAUUGGCCAGACAGGUCGCUAUGUUCUCAUCCUGAAGUUGCGUGGUAUUGAGAGACAGCUGGUUGCUGACGACUGUCCUCUGCAGUCUCUGGCUCAGCUAGGACAACUGGCUGCAGAGGUCCAGUUCAUCCUGCGGAGGACAGGCCCCAGUCUUAGUGACGGUCCCAAUGGAUUGAGAACAGAAAGACUAUUCCUGCUGCCCAGGCACUCAGACCCCAAACCUCUCAAACACAGGGAACCACAGAAGGCUCUCACAUUCAGUCUGGGGCCCUCAAUGGUCCCCAGAAGGACUAAAGCAAACAGGGCUUGGUCGCCGUCACCUAGAGCCUCUCCAGAGCCGAUUUCUUCACCUGUCUCCUUCCUGGACCCUGUAAACCCUGUUAAAGUGACACAAUCUUAUCCCUCCAAAGAGGAGGUCUUUAGGCAGAUUCUACAGCAGCAGGAGAGGCUAGGAGACCUAGAAAUGCAGCUUCAGGUGCUGGAGAGGGAAACUGGGCUCAGGGAGAGAGAGAGGUCUUCUAAUCCAAUGCCAGCUCUGACUCUGGGUCUGGAGAAGGAACUGGAGGCAUUGGAAGUCAGGCUGAGGGAGAAUGAAAUCGAGUUGAUGCAUGGAAAGUCCUGGGAGCAACAGCUGCACAUGGAGAUGGAUAAAGAACAAGACAUGAAGGGAUGUCUAGCCCAGAUCUGCUCUUCAGUGAAUGACUACAGCUACCGGCUUCAAGAGCUCUUGGCCCGCUCUGCCCAUCUGGGGCAGGACAUACUGAUGGAGGCCCAAAAGCACAGCUCUUGGCCAGGCACUCCACAGAUAGACGAGUCCCUGGUGCCACUGAGGCAGGAACUCCACUACCGCCUGCAACAGGGUGAAGAACAGGUCAUGUCACUGAGACAGACAGAGGGGGAAUUACAGGCUGCAGAAGCAGAGUUACUGGAUAGUUGGCAGGAGAUGGAGGAACUGAACAAGGAGCUAAGGCAGUGCAACCUGCAGCAGUUUAUCCAGCAGACUGGUGUCUCCCCUGGCCUGCCGAUCACAGACCUCCCCCUGCAGGAGCACACACAGUCCCUGCCCGCUGCCAUGCAUUACCUCUGCAAUGCUGGCAUACAGGAUGAUGAACAGGCGGACACUGUCACUGUGUGCUAAUGGAUUCAUGAAAAUAGCCAGUUAUACACACCAUUGGUAGUGUUGAAUCAUAUUCAACACUGGCAUUCUCACUGCAGAAUGAAAGAGAGUGUUCCUGUGAGCGAAUGGUACUUGCUGUCACCUUUGAAUGGUCUUUAUAACCUACUGUGUGUUUCAUGCUAUGUACUAUGGGACAAAAUGAGUAUGACUACAUACUGUAUGAAGAGAUUAUAAGUGAUUUUUUUAUAUAUAAAAAGUAUUGUCUAUCAUAUAAAACAAUCUGUUUAUUGAAAAUAUUUUUUUAACAUUUUGUAUAAAAAGAAAAUAUUACCAACAAACAACUUUGUGCAUCCUAAUAAAAAUAA